CCGCUCGGAUGACGGUCCCGCGGAGGGGAGGGUACGAGAGGCGGGACCAAAGUCUUCCCCGCUUCUCGGCGCUGGCGAGUCCGGGACUAGGGCUGGAGAGAUCGCCGGGGAGCAUCGUCACCACUCCUGCACGGAGCCUCGCCUGGCCGAAUAUUGCACAGUGCACACGUCGGGAUUGCAAAACAUUCCUGAGAAAUAUACCUGCUAUUUAUGGCAUGUGGCUGGUAACUUUACUCCUGCUGUAUUCUUUUCAAGAAGUGCACAGCGAGGAUGUGGUCUCGACGCGGCUGUACUUUGUGAAUGCUUCCCUGCAGAGAGUGACCUUCUCCAGCUCAGUGGGGGUGUCCCUGCCCUGUCCUGCGGGUGGCGCCCCCCAUGCCGUCCUCCGCUGGUACCUGGCCACCGGCGACGACAUCUACGACGUGCCACACAUCCGCCACGUUCACGCCAACGGCACGCUGCAGCUCUACCCUUUCUCCCCCCCUGCCUUCAACAGCUUCAUUCAUGAUAAUGACUACUUCUGCACUGCCGAGAACCAGGCCGGCAAGAUCCGCAGCCCUAGCAUCCGUGUCAAAGCAGUGUUCAGGGAACCUUACACAGUUCGCGUGGCGGACCAAAGGUCCAUGCGGGGCAACGUGGCCGUCUUCAAGUGCCUCAUCCCCUCUGCUGUGCAGGAGUACGUCAGUGUGGUGUCCUGGGAGAAGGACACCGUCUCCAUCGUCCCAGGUAACAGGUUUUUCCUGACGUCAUAUGGGGCCCUCUACAUAUCUGACGUUCAGAAAGAGGACGCCCUCUCUACCUACCGCUGCAUCACCAAGCACAAAUACAGCGGAGAAACCAGGCAGAGCAAUGGAGCUCGUCUCUCUGUGCUGGACCCCACUGAAACCCCACCUUCUGUAAUGGACAGUUUCCAGUCAGGAGAAGUACAAGUGGGGCGAAGCAUAGAGUUACCCUGCAUCGCCUCUGGUUACCCCAACCCCACCAUCCGCUGGUUGAAAGAUGGGAGGCCGCUUCCUGCUGACUCCCGCUGGACACGGCGACUAACCGGCCUCACAAUCAGUGACCUCCGUUUGGAAGACUCUGGAAACUACAUCUGUGAAGUCACCAACAGCUUUGGCUCCAAAGAGGUCACAGGACACCUUAAUGUCAUCGAACCUCUGAGAGUCACAUUAUCCCCCAAGAACCUGAAAACAGGCAUCAGCAGCACAGUGAUUCUGUCCUGUGCCGUUCAGGGCUCGCCCCACUUCACCGUCUCCUGGUUUCGUAACACAGAACCCAUCGUGCCUGACCAGCACUUCUCCAUCCAGGGAGCCCACAAUGAGACUCUCUUCAUCACAGCGGCCCAAAAAAGACACUCAGGGGCAUAUCAGUGCUUCGCCACCCGCAAGGGUCAGACCGCACAGGACUUCUCCAUCAUACUGCUUGAGGACGGCACCCCACGGAUCGUCUCGUCUUUCAGUGAGCGCGUAGUAGCCCCUGGCGAGCCCUUCUCCCUAAUGUGCGCGGCCAAAGGCGCUCCACCCCCCACCAUCACCUGGACGCUGGACGACGAGCCGGUAGCGCGGGACUCGGCGCACCGGGCCAGCCAGUACACGCUCUCCGACGGCUCCACUGUCUCGCACGUCAACGUCACCAACCCCCAGAUCCGGGACGGGGGCGUGUACCGCUGCGCCGCACGCAACUCGGCCGGUAGCGCCGAGUACCAAGCGCGCAUAAACGUAAGAGGUCCUCCCAGUAUCCGGGCCAUGCGGAAUAUCACCGCUGUGGCCGGUCGCAACACUUUCAUUAACUGUCGCGUGAUUGGCUACCCCUAUUACUCCAUCAAGUGGUUUAAAGACGGGACAACGCCGUUGCCAGACAACCAUCGUCAGGUGGUCUAUGAGAACGGCACUCUGAAGUUGAGCGAUGUGCAGAAGGGUGCAGAUGAGGGGGCGUAUCUGUGCAGCGUGCUCAUCCAACCCCAGCUUUCCAUUAGCCAGACUGUCUACGUCACAGUCAAAGUUCCUCCCCUCAUCCAGCCCUUUGACUUCCCUCCCACCUCCAUCGGUAAGCUGAUGUACAUAGCUUGCGUGGUGUCCUCCGGAGACAUGCCAAUCCGGAUCACCUGGAGGAAGGACGGGCAGGAGAUUGUAUCAGGAACAUCAGGAGUCACCAUCGAAACCAAGGAGUUCAUGAGCUCCCUUCAGAUCUCUAAAGUUUCAUUGGAGCACAAUGGAAACUACACCUGCAUUGCCAGCAAUGAUGCAGCAACAGUCAGUUCAGAGAGACAACUCAUAGUAACAGUUCCUCCUGGUUUUCGGGUUCAACCUAAUAACCAAGAUGGGAUCUACGGCAAGUCAGAAGUUCUGAACUGCUCUGUGGAAGGGUACCCUCCUCCCAAAGUUGUCUGGAAGCAUGCCAAAGGUAUAGGGAACCCCCAGCAGUACCAUCCAGUUCCACUGACGGGUCGCAUCCAGAUCCUGUCCAACGGAUCACUGCUAAUCCGCCAUGUUUUAGAGGAAGACCGAGGAUACUACCUGUGUCAAGCCAGCAAUGGAGUAGGAUCCGACAUCAGCAAGAGCAUGAUGCUCACUGUUAAAAUUCCAGCUAUGAUCACAUCCCACCCAAACACUACCAUGGCCAUAAAGGGGCAGAACAAGGAGUUAAACUGUACCGCCCGGGGUGAGUACCCCAUCAUCAUCCGCUGGGAGCGAGGUGACACCGUUAUUGACCCUGACCGCAACCCUCGGUACUCCAUCACUACCAAUUCCAAUGAGAAAAGCGAUGAAGUUAUCUCCACGCUGAAGCUGAAGCCAGCGGAGCGAGGGGAUUCCGUCUUUUUCUCCUGCCACGCCAUCAACUCAUACGGCGAGGGCCGAGGGCUCAUCCAGCUGACGGUGCAAGAACCCCCUGACCCCCCAGAACUGGAGGUUCGGGAGGUCAAAGAUCGCAGUAUGAACCUGAGGUGGACGCAGCGUUUCGACGGCAACAGCAUCAUCACCAGCUAUGACAUCGAGUACAAGAACAAAUCCGACCCGUGGGAGCUGAAACAUGCCACCCGUAAGAUCUCGCCAACCAACAACCAGGCCAACAUAGUGGAGCUCCACCCGGCGUCCGUGUACAGCAUUCGCAUGUACUCCUACAACAAGAUUGGACGCAGCCAAGCCAGCAAAGAGUUGACCAUCAGCACAGAGGAAGCCCCUCCUGAUGGGCCACCCAUGGAUGUGAUUUUACAGCCAAUGACCUCUCAGAGUAUCCGUGUAACCUGGAAGGCACCUAAGAAAGAGCUCCAGAAUGGAGUGAUCCGUGGCUAUCAGAUUGGUUAUAGAGAGAAUGGACCGGGCAGUAAUGGACAGUACAGCAUAGUGGAGAUGAAAGCCACAGGUGAUAGUGAAGUGUACACCCUGGAUAACUUGAAGAAGUUUGCUCAGUAUGGUGUGGUGGUCCAAGCGUUCAACCGAGCCGGAACCGGACCUUCCAGCUCUGAGAUCAAUGCCACAACACUUGAGGACGUUCCCAGCCAGCCGCCCCAGAAUGUACGGGCUAUUACGGUGACAUCAGACGAGGCGGUGAUCACAUGGUCCGAGCCCCCGCGGAUGACCCUGAAUGGGGUUUUGAAGGGCUACCGCGUGGUGUUCUGGUCCCUCUACCCCGAUGGAGGUGGGUGCUGUGGGGGCCAGACACUUAGGCUCAAUCAGAAAUGGGGAGAGAUGCAGAACAUCACUACCACUCGUGAGCAGGUGGAGCUGAAGGGCUUGGAGAAGUUCACAAACUACAGCAUUCAGGUCCUGGCCUACACACAGGCAGGAGAUGGUGUCCGCAGCAAUGUGCUCUACAUACAGACCAGAGAAGACCACCCCGGUCCUCCAGCGGGCAUUAAAGCCGUGCCAUCCUCUGCCUCCAGUGUGGUGGUCUCCUGGCUUCCCCCUAUCAAGCCCAAUGGUAUCAUCCGAAAAUACACUAUUUACUGUUCCAGCCCCGGAUCGGGCCAACCGGCACCCAGCGAAUAUGAAGCCAACCCUGAGCUGCUGAUAUAUAGAAUCACCCACCUGACGCGGGGUCAGCAGUAUUUGAUUUGGGCAGCCGCUGUCACCACUGCAGGUCGGGGCAAUAUCAGCGAGAAAGUGACUGUGGAGCCUGCUGGUAAAGCUCCUGCUAAAAUCCUGUCUUUCGGAGGAACGGUGACCACUCCGUGGAUGAAGGAAGUUCGGCUGCCGUGCAGCUCAGUGGGAGAACCAACACCCACCAUUAAAUGGACCAAAGACAGUGAGGACACCGCCAUCCCAGUCACUCAAGAUGGUCACCGGAAUAUUCUUUCAAAUGGUACCCUGGUGCUGCGCUCUGUGAAAGCAGAGGAUUCUGGGUACUACACCUGCACAGCCACCAACACACUGGGGUUUGACACAAUCAUCGUAAACCUGCUGGUACAAGUGCCUCCAGAUCAACCACGUUUGACAGUUUCCACCACGUCCACUUCUUCAAUCACUCUGGCUUGGAUCCCUGGAGACAACGGAGGAAGUUCCAUCAGAGGUUUCGUGCUGCAGUAUUCAGUGGAUAACACUGAGGAGUGGAAGGAUGUCUUCAUUAGCUCCAGUGAACGGUCUUUCAAGUUGGACAAUCUGCGUUGUGGUACCUGGUACAAAGUCAAACUUGCAGCAAAAAACAGCGUGGGAGCCGGUCGCAUCAGCGAGAUCAUUGAGGCCAAGACUCAUGGCAGAGAGCCACAGUUUAAUAAGGACCAGCCCCUCUUUACGCACAUCAACUCGACCCACGCCCGCCUCAACCUCCAAGGCUGGACGAGCGGAGGCUGCCCCAUCACUGCUGUCCUACUAGAGUUUCGCCCCAAAGGCACCUGGGCCUGGCAGAGCGUGCGCACCAACGCCUCGGCUGACAUAUUCCUCGCCGAGCUGCGUGAGGCCACUUGGUAUGAGCUAAAGAUGAAGGCAUGCAACAGCGCAGGGUGCGGAAACCAGAGCUCCCAGUUUGCCACGCUGGAUUACGACGGCACUAUUCCGCCUAUUAAGUCAGCGCGAGGGGAAGGGGAUGAUGUUAAAAAGCUUUUCUCUAUCGGCUGCCCUGUCAUCCUCGUCACGUUGGGCAUGGCCCUACUCUUCAUUAUCCGCAAGAAACGCAAAGAAAAGAGACUCAAGAGACUUAGAGAUGCCAAGAGCUUGGCUGAGAUGCUCAUCAGCAGUAAGAACAAUCGAAGUUUUGACACUCCUGUGAAAGGCCCACCUCAGGGACCCCGACUGCACAUAGAUAUACCCCGCGUUCAACUGCUCAUUGAAGACAAAGAGGGCAUCAAACAGAUAGGUGAAGACAAGGCCACCAUCCCUGUGACAGACACUGAGUUCAGCCAAUCAGUGAACCCUCAGAGCUUCUGUACAGGCGUGUCCGUACAUCACCCCGCCCUUAUUCAGAACACGGGCCCUUUGAUUGACAUGUCAGACAUCAGGCCGGGGACCAAUCCAGUAUCGAGGAAGAGCGUAAAGUCUGCGCACAGCACGAGGAACCGCUAUUCCAGCCAGUGGACUCUGACUAAAUGCCAGGCGUCCACACCUGCUCGCACUCUCACCUCAGACUGGCGGACAGUGGGCUCCCAGCAUGGCAUUACGGUCACAGAGAGUGACAGUUACAGCGCCAGCCUUUCCCAGGACACAGACAAGGGACGAAACAGUAUGGUGUCCACAGAGAGUGCAUCUUCCACGUACGAGGAGCUGGCCCGAGCGUAUGAACAUGCUAAACUGGAGGAGCACCUGCAGCACGCCAAGUUCGAGAUCACUGAGUGCUUCAUCUCUGACAGCUCCUCUGAUCAGAUGACCACAGGCACCAAUGAUAACGCAGACAGCAUGACCUCUAUGAGCACACCAUCCGAACCGGGCAUCUGCCGCUUCACUGCCUCUCCGCCCAAACCGCAGGAUUACGACCGCGGCAAAAACGUGGCAGUGCCCAUUCCCCACCGCGCCAACAAGAGUGAGUACUGUAACCUCCCCCUCUACAUGAAGACGGACCCUUUCUUCCGGAAACAGGCGGAGCUGCAUGACCCCUGCCCUGUGGUCCCGCCUCGCGAGGCCUCCAUCCGGAGCCUUGCCGCCCGGGCCUACCACACACAGGGCCGCCACAUGACAUUAGACCCCUCCAAGCAGCAGGCCCUGACUCUGGGCCACGGCGGCCUGAGCAGCCUGACCAGCUCAGGGGCCUCUGGUACAUCAGGCCCAGCUUCAAGUGGGGCCGCUGGGAGCUCCAGCAUCAGCUCAGGCACAGCCACCCUGCCCCAGAGGACUCUCACCAUGCCCAGCACCUCCUCCACCUCCUCGGCCCCAAGCGGGGCAGCUGCUGCUGGAGCAGGAGCCAGCGCGAGCUCCACGGGAGGAAGCGGCCCGACGCCCGGCAGUUCCAAGGUCGGGGGAUCCAGAGACUCUCUGCUCGAGAGCAGCUCGUCUGGCCUGGGCAGACUGCAAAAGCAGAAUGCUGGGGCGUACUCCAAAUCCUACACUCUGGUGUAGCUCACACACAUACGUAUACACAUACAGUACGUUCACACACUCCUGGAGUCUGGGCAGGGGCGGAAAUGAACAAUGGCGGGACAGGGGUCUCUCUCUUUUCCUCUCUGUUACCUUUUUUUGCUUUCCUUUUUUUAUUAUUCUGCUCAAGCUUUUUUAUCUGGCCUUCUCCAGGAUUAAAUAUGCCAAACCCCAAGACCCUUUCCCCCUUUUUUUUCUUGUCUUACUUCUUGUUUUGUCCUCUCUCGCUUUCUUCCCCUCUCUCCUUUCUCUUCUCUCUGUCAAAGACACCUUGGACCUUAUGCACGAAAUGCUUUCCAUGUGCACUUGUUCAUUUGAUUUCUCGACUUCAGAAAAUAGGAAAAAAGCAGUUUUAAGAGAUAUAUUGUUUCACAUUAACCUGUCUAGAUGUUUUUAGGCUGUCAAAAAAGUGUCUCUUUUUAUGUCUCUCAUACUGCAACGCAUUGCCUCGGAAAGCUUAUGCAUAAACGAAUCCACCACGGUGUCCACCUUCCGCCCCUCCUGAUCCACAAUGGUCUUGAAAAACAGCUCGAAGAUGAAAGUCUCGACCGCCUGAAUCGAGUCUUUUGGAUUUUUUUCAUGCAAUUGAUGACACAGUAUAGAGUGUUAUUGACUAUUUUGUAAACAAACAAGAAAAAAAAACACGAAAAAAAAAAUGUCUGGAGCCAUUUUCACUGCGGAUGUAUGGUUACUGUACUUAUUUUUUUGUUCGGUUUUCUAUUUUCGAAAUUUUGAACUUUAGCACUAAGGAGGGCCGGGUGGAUCCACUGAGCUUUCUCAAGCUUGUGUAUGUGUGGUGUGUGUGUGUGUGUGCAUGUGUAUGUAUAUGUGUAAAUAUAUAUGUAUACAUGUGGCCAGCACACACCUUUAAAGGACCUCUCGACCAAGCCUGCGUGCUUGGUCUCUUGGCAUCGUAUCGGCUUGGAGACGCCAAGUGCCGCCCACUGAGCAACAAGGUCUAGAGUCCAUCUGAAUAGGGGGAACAAGUUGGAGAGAUUAUGUAAAGGGUAAAUGCAUCUCCCUUCUCUUCUCUUUCGACUCCCUUAGAUAUGAAAGAAAGGCUCUUGUUUUGCUGUUUGUUUGUUCGUUCGUUCGAUUGUUUGUGUUUGAUGCCAUAUACUUAUCACCCCUCCUUCCCCACCCAGACCUCCCCCAAAAUCGUUACCACUUCCUCUGUCUCACUGUGAACGCCUAACAGCCUCUCCUGGAUGGACUGAGCGCAGGCAGAAAGGCGGGAAGAGGGCAGAGAGGUAGGGAGGAAUUAGAGGCAGACGGGCCCGUGAACAGAGAGGGAGAGAUAUCUGCCGUCGCUGUGUAGCUUUUCUGCGUUUGUUCAUUGUUUCUCUUUAUUCUUUGCUUUCCUUCCCCACACGAAGACUCUAGCAGUCGUUCCUAUUCGAAGGUCUUAGAGACUCUAGCUUUAGGUAGCGCAGGGGUGGAUAAAGGAGGGAAUGAGUGAAAUGUAGGAGGGGAAGGUUUCAUUCAACCCCUAAAUGGAUCGAAAUGCCUCUCAACCCUCCUUCGUUCACUCAGUUUCCAAAGCAAAGCCCCAUCACAGAGAAACUUCCAAAAAUCGACAAACUCUCCCAAUGAUUUCAAUGGAAAAAAAGAAGGUACUACAUCAGGGCUCCUGCAAUACAAAAGAAAAAAAAAAAAAAGAAAAUAUAUUGCAAUGUUUGUUGUCAAAAUAUAUACAUAUAUAUUUCUAUCUAAAGAUAUAGUAAAUAUAUACGUGGUGAGAGCAGAGAUUUAAUGCCAUAUCUAAUUGAAAAAGAAAAAUUUUAUUUUAAAAAAAAGAUUUGAAGACAAUCGCUCAGUGGGAGGUGCAGCAGUAAGCGAGAGGAGGUGUCGAUCACGAAACGCUGAGAUAAACGGGUAACAUAACUAAGAGAGAUUGAAAAAGAACGGCAAAGGGUGUGUUUCGACAUGCCGCGGUUGGGAAUUCUAGGGAAAGAUCGUUGAGGUUCCCAAACUAACUUCCUGUCAUUGUUAUAAUCAGCCGGGCUGCAUAGUGCAACACGCCUGUAUGGUAUGAAGGAGAUAUUUAUGGACAUUUCCAAACACACUCUCUACAGUUGCUUGGAAACAAUGGAAAUUUGCCACUGCAACUCCAGUUCAUAGAUGGACAUCUGUGAGCACCAUCUGAUUCCAUGCACCAUCUCUACUGCCCAAUGAAUAGUUUAAAAUGCCCACAGUGCUUUGAGAGCUUUCCAUCAGGUCCUUAAAGAGACAGUUCACCCAAAAAUUUAAAUUUGGUCAUUAUUUACUUACCUUUAUCAUGUUGUUCAAACCCCGUACAACUUUGUUUCUUCUGUGGCACACAGAUGGAGAUGUUUAAUUAUGUCUUGUCCACACAUUGAAAGUUGGCGAUAAGUGAAAUAUUGAUAUGGUAAUGCUAGAAAUAAUAUUAUCCAGCACCAACACUAUUUAGUUGAUACUCCAACAUAGCAUACUGCACCUUAAUCAUAAAAUGCAUAUAAGAAGAUAAUGCAGUGUGUUAAAAAUAAUAGAAAAAUAGAUAUAGAAAUAACUCCAACAGGUCUAAAUAAAUAAAAUUUGGACCCCAUUGACUUUUAUUGUAUGGAAUAAUUGGCGUACAGUGAAUAGAUGGUGAAUGAUGACAAAAUAAUAAUUUUGAAUGAACUAUUCCUUUAAGGUGAGAUUGCUCCUGCAUUAAAUUCAAGCUUUCAGCACGACUGAUAGUUUAGAUCUUAUAUAUCAGGGGAAAGAUUGCUACAUUUAUGUACUGCAUAUUUAUCGGUGAGUUAGAACAAACAACCCCUGCAGACUUCAGCACAGGAAAUAGCACGUACAACAGUAUUCAGUUUUAUGCAGCCGCCUGAGCAUAUCUCAUGUUAGGAAGACUUGAUGCAACAAAUCCUAAGGUACAGAGUAGGGACAUGUCGUGUUGGGUUUAAAAAAAUCGAGCUGAUUGAACGAUAGUAUAUCUGUUUGUGGCAUAUAUUAAAAAAAAAAAAUCUGUUUGACUUGCCAGGAGAUGUUUUAUUGGUGGCUUGAUAAAUUAGGAUUGUGUUACAGUGUACCCAAAGUUGUGUAAGUAAAUAAAUUUGAUCACCCAGAUUUAACCCAAACUUCAAAUAGAGUUGCGAAGAAUGUGGACUUGUUUUAAAAACAGUGAAAGAAGUAUGUGUUCCUCUUAUUGCUGCUCAAAUGCCCACUGACUGGGUUAUUAAGUCUGUCUGAUGGCAGACGGGCCCAGUGCAUUUUGCCAUGAACAUGUUUCAUUAGGAUUAGACCGAUAUCUAUAUCAGUAUUCAUGCCUGUUCAGGUGAAACAUCUUGUGAAAAUAUUCCCUUGACCACCCCAGAAAGCCCCCACGUCCCAUGUUUUUCAUAUUUAAAAGACAGUUGCUGACUUAAAAUGAAUUAGAUUUUUUUUUUCCCUCUGUUGCAUUCUUUAUAUAAAAAAAUAGAUGUAUCCAAUUUAGUUUUUGUUUGGUUCUAUGAUGAUUUGUGUUGAAAAGAAAAUGCAGUUGUGUUGCGCAUCGGGGCAGGCCUGUUUAGCCAGUCGAAUCAGGGACCCCCAAGCUCCAACCAAUCACAGGAGAAGCUGUGUGGAUAUUGGGCGGAGUCAGAAACAGAACUCCAUCCCCACACGCCUGUUUCCCCGCCCAAAUGAUCCGAUUAGCCCCUUUCCCUCAACCAAUAAAAAUUCCUGCUAUACCCAAGACCUCCCUGUCAGCAUAAUUUCUAAUCUACAAAUAAAGACUCUUGUAUAUAUGAAACUGUUUUGUAUAAAUAAUUACUAUUUUCGACAUCUCCAUUAGCAACCAGGGCACAAUUAUAAGUCUGGUUAAAGGUAUAACUUUAAAUGUGAGGGGAUUAAAAAGACAAAAAAAGUAUAAAAUCUAACAAAAAAAUACUUUACACCUUGAGUUUUGAAUGAGGCACAUAAACCCAGACCAAAUGUCUGGCGUUUGAUUUAUUUUCUCCUUUUUAUAAUUUGUCUUAUGUUUUUAUUAAUUUAUGUUGUUGGUUGUUUUGUUUGUUUUUACUUUUGUUUUGUUUCUACCUUUUGGUUAACUUGACGAAAAAUGGCAUUGCAUGCUCUGAAUAUUUUGCUGGUUAUUAAAAGAAAAAGGAAAAGGAGACAAAUAACUAAAAGGGAAAAAAAGUUUAAAAAUGCGGAGGGGAUUCCUAAACUUUUAUGGAAAAGUUGCUUCAAUUUGCAAUUGCUUGUGUUUAAAUAUACAGUUUUUUUUUCUAUGAAAACAAAACAAAAACAGAAAAAGAGUACUCCAACACCUUGUGCAAUAAAGCUAUCUUUCUAUGAA